AUGCCUGACAUGGAGAAAGAGGAAGGAAACGUACAUAAACGAACCAGCGCAAUGCCAGGAGAUGUUGGAUUCUCCGAUAACCCAUUGAACAUGGGCCAGGAAAAGUUCAAUGAAGAGAACGAUUCGUUUCUACCUGUGUCAAUGCAGGAUGUGAAGAAGCCCGAGACACUCACAGCUAAGUCCACAACGGCGAAUGCUUCGCUAGCCCCCAAGGACCGGAAGGCUUUCAUGGUAUUAGUGUUACUUUACAUGCUCCAGGGUGUGCCCGUAGGGUUAGCCUUUGGCUCAGUCCCAUUUAUGCUCAAGUCCAAGCUCACAUACUCGCAGGUUGGGAUAUUUUCACUCGCUGCAUACCCAUAUUCGCUUAAGUUGCUCUGGUCGCCCAUAGUAGACGCCAUAUACUCCAGUAGAGUAGGCAGAAGAAGAUCCUGGAUCAUACCGAUCCAAACCAUCUCGGGAUUGACCUUACUCUACUUGGGACUGGUUAUAGAUAAGUACAUGGUUGAGCCUGAAAGACACUUGACCACCAUUACUGCAUGUUUCUUCCUUCUAGUAUUCUUCUGUGCAACACAGGACAUUGCAGUGGACGGCUGGGCUUUGACCUGCUUGUCGCCUGAGUCUUUGUCGUAUGCUUCGACUGCUCAAACCAUCGGAGUCAAUACGGGGUACUUUUCUUCGUUCACCAUCUUCUUGGCACUCAAUUCGCCUUCUUUCCCUAACAAGUACUUGCGAGACGUACCAAGUGAUGAAGGUUUGUUCCUGAUGGGUCAGUACUUGACAUUUUGGGGCUGGAUGUUCUGGAUAGUCACCGCCUUCCUUUACUUUAUUCCAGAAGACCCACCACACUUGGCUAAGUACAACCAGGCGAGGUUGGCUGAUGAAAUUGCCAAAUUGGAAGGUGUUUAUACCACCAAAAAGCUGUCGAUUGGACGCCUUAAUGGAGGAAAUUACUGGCUCUCAUUGAAGAAUACUUACUUUUCAAUGUACCAAGUUUUGAAAUUGCCCAACGUACAGACAUUUGUGGUAGUAUUGUUAUUGGCCAAGCUAGGGUUCCAAGCCAAUGAUGCUGCUUCCAAUUUGAAGUUGCUAGAAAAGGGUCUUUCGAAAGAAGAUUUGUCACUUACUGUCUUGAUUGACUUCCCUUUUGAAAUGGUCUUCGGUUAUUACGCUGGGCGCUGGUCUAGUGGAAAGAGCCCCUUGAGACCUUGGUUGUUUGGAUUUGCUGGUAGGUUGUUUGCAGCAAUCUUUGCUCAGUUGGUGAUAUUCUUCUUCCCUAAAGAUGGGAAGGUCACCUCUUCGUAUUUCUUGCUAAUCAUAUUGCAACAUUUAAUUUCUUCCUUUAUGUCAACAGUUCAAUUUGUUUCUUUAUGUGCCUUCCAUACCAAAAUUGCUGAUCCAGCAAUCGGUGGUACGUACAUGACAACCUUAAACACCUUAUCAAAUUAUGGGGGAACCUGGCCAAGGUUGAUUACUUACUAUUUGAUUGAUAAGUUGACUGUGCACGAGUGCGUUUCCGACUUAGAUCAGAGCUUGUUAGAUGCCGGAACCAAGGGUUCUUCGUUAUCCACGGAGGCAUACAAAGAGAAAUGUUUAGCUUUGGGAGGGCAUGCAGUUAUAAUUCAAGAUGGGUACUACUAUACGAAUACAUUAUGCAUUGUACUUGGUAUAUUAAUAUUGAUAUGGACAAAGAGAAAAGUCACAUACUUACAGAGCUUACCAAAAAGUGCAUGGAGGGUGAAAGAAGCAUAA